AUGAUGACAUCAGAUUUAACAAAUGCUUUAAUUGAUGAUGAAGGUGAUACACUAAAUACAACUAGUACUGUUGGACCAGCAGCAGAUGACAACGAAGAUGAUGAUGUGGAAGAUGAUUCAGAUGAAGGAUCUAGUAACAGAAGUGAAAAUGGAAUUAAAUCAAUUCUUACAUUAUCAGGAUUGGGAAUAUUAGCAUUGUUUUCAAUCCUCUAA